UUUGAAGUCUACGCGCGGGCCCGGGCCUUGACUGAUGACCACAAGCGCUUUGGGACUCAUCUGACCCAGCUAGCCAGACCCGGAGUCCAAACCAUGUUCCCGGUGAAGGUGAAAGUGGAAAAAUCAGAGUUGGAGAUGGCCAAGGCCCGGAACCAACUGGAUGCUGUUCUGCAGUGUCUACUGGAGAAAAGUCACAUGGACAGGGAGCGUCUAGAUGAGGAAGCUGGGAAGACACCAUCGGACACUCACAAUAAGGACUGCUCCAUCGCAGCCACAGGCAAACGGCCAUCUGCUCGCUUCCCUCACCAGCGGCGGAAGAAAAGGAGGGAGAUGGACGAUGGGCUGGCUGAGGGAGGGCCUCAGCGAUCCAACACAUACGUGAUCAAGCUGUUUGACCGGAGUGUGGAUUUGGCCCAGUUCAGUGAGAACACACCACUAUACCCAAUCUGCCGUGCCUGGAUGCGCAACAGCCCUUCGUCACGAGAACGUGAACGUUCACCCACCUCACCACUACCCCCACUACCUGAGGAUGAGGAGGGGUCAGAGGUUACCAACAGCAAGAGUUGUGAUGUGUAUAAGUUGCCUCCACCCAUGGCCCCUGGACCAUCUGGAGAUGCUUGCAGAUCCCGAAUUCCAUCCCCACUGCAACCUGAGACUCAGGGUUCUCCUGAUGAUGAGCCCUCCGAGCCUGAGCCCUCACCCUCCACACUCAUCUACCGCAACAUGCAGCGCUGGAAACGUAUUCGCCAGAGGUGGAAGGAGGCAUCUCAUCGGAACCAGCUCCGUUAUGCAGAAAGCAUGAAGAUCCUACGGGAGAUGUAUGACCGACAGUGAUGUUUCCCUGUCUCCCCACCCCAAUAAAAAGGCCCC